CUCCACUACGGCAGGCGUGGGAAGGAGAGCACAAGGGGAAUGUUCUCUUCGUUAUGGUGCUGUUUGGGUGCCAAGCCUCCUUCGUCAAAAUGGCUGGGCUCGUCCUCGUACGACUCGUCAUGGGAGGAGGGCGAGGAUGACCCGCCGACGAUCCCGCCGCAGUACAAGGCCUCGAUCUACACUUAUGUCAAUGCGCGGUAUCCCGAGGAGCGAUUCAAGUCGCGGACGUACAACAUUCGGUGGGGGAAGCGGUCGGCGUACAAGGUCCACUGGUCCAAGAAGGUCGGCGAGGGCUCGUAUGGCGCCGUGUACAUGGCUACUCACAUGCCGUCGGGCGAAAAGGUGGUGGUCAAGACCAUGAAGCCGGAAAAGGCCAACACCAAGCGCCUCAAGAUGGAGAUCAUGAACCUCAAGCUGGUCAGCGACGGGCCGAACAUCAUCCGCUUCCUCGACCUUGUCCGCGACAAGAAGCGCGACCUCGCCAUGAUUGUCUUUGAGUACAUCAAGCAGCCGCUGCCGUGUGCCAAGCUGUACGCCCGCAUGAAACCGGAUGAGAGCGUGUGGUACCUCUACGCCCUCCUCCGCGCCCUGCACUUUACCCACGCCCUCGGCAUCAUGCACCUCGACGUCAAGCCGACCAACACCCUGUACAAUCCCAAGACCCGCGAGCUCAAGCUCAUCGACUGGGGCUUUGCCGCCUUUUACUGGGCCGGCGUUAAGCUCGCCCGCUGGCCGGGCACCCGCUACACAAAGUCGCCCGAGCUCUUCCUCCACUACAAGUACUACGACUACGCUACCGACGUCUGGUCCUUUGGCUGCAUCAUGGGCGCUCUGCUCUUCAACCGCUACCCGUUCUUUCCCUGCCCCAAGGACGACGACAAGAUCGAGUGGAACAAGAACCAGAUGGUCUCCAUCGUCUCCAUUCUCGGCGUCGACGACUAUGUCCGCUUCCUCAAAAAGUACUCCAAGUACAUGUCCUACACCCAUAUCUUUCCGCUGCGCCUCUUCCAGCGCGCAGGCUGCUCGCGCUCGCGCCUCGACCUCGCCGCGCUUGCCCCGCGCGGCGGCCGCCCCGCCGUCUCGGACGCAGCCAUCGACCUCCUCAACCGUAUCUUUGUCUACGACCCGGAGCUCCGCAUCACUGCUCGCGAUGCGCUCCUCCAUCCGUACUUUGACGCCGUCCGCUCGCCCGAAGACGACGCCAUGCUCCGCUCCAUCGACACCGCCACCGCCCCCCCGCCCGACGACCCGGCCCUCUGCCCGCCGCCGCCCGACGCCACCGUCUCGCCCCACAACCCGCUCCCGCUCUCGGACCCACAGCGAUUUGCUCUCUCGUCGUCCGACUCGGCCUCGGCUACCAACGCUGACGACGACGACCAAGACGGCAACAACAGCUGCGAUGCCCGCCACCACCACCGCCCGGACCCGGCCGCAGGCACCGCCCCCCACCGCCCGUCCUCCGCCUCGGCCGAGCGUGUCCUUCACAACCCGCACCUCCACCCGCCCCGCGCCUCGUCCUCUUCGUCGCCCGACGCCGCCCCGGCUCGCCUCUCGUCGGCCUCGUCGUUCUCGCCCGCGCCCGCACACCACCCGCGCCGCACAGGCCACAAAGGCAAGCGCACUCGCCGCAAGGUCCUUGCCACCUACGGUCACUCCGGUGCAGGCUCCUCCAUUGCCAUGCCUGCCGGCGGCGACUCGACCCCGGCCGACCGCGAGGAAGACGUUGGCCUCUCCUCGCCCGCACGCCAGACCUCGGCCUCGGUCGAGUACGAGUACCACUCCACCUACGAGUACCAGUACCAGUACGACGGCGAGACCUCGCAGCAGCCGACAAGCUAAACCUCCCAAGC